AAACAACACAGCUGUAUCAGAGAGAGAGAGAGAGAGAGAGGGGGGAAGGAGGGUUUUGGGCGAUCAGAGCCUCGAGAUUAGUACGACGGCCGUUUCGCUCUCCCCGCACAUCCACAAUUCAGCAUUGACUAAUAUAAUUUUUAUAUAAAUUAUAUUUUACGUUCAGAUUCAAUCUUGGAACUUCCGCAGAAUCGCCGAUUGCGUGUUGCUGCGCAGCAUGGGUUGCGCUGGAUCGCGCGGCAAAGGAGAUGAAGCUUCGAAGAAGAUACGAAAACCCAAGCCAUGGAAGCAUUCUGAGGCCAUAACAAAGGCGCAGUUGAUGAAGAUGCGUGAAGAGUUCUGGGACACUGCUCCACACUAUGGUGGUCGUAAAGAGAUCUGGGAUGCACUUCGGGCUGCUGCUGAAGCUGAGCUGACCCUUGCACAAGCAAUCAUCGACAGUGCUGGUGUUAUUGUUCAAAACCCUGACUUAACUGUCUGCUAUGAUGAGAGAGGCGCCAAGUACGAACUGCCCAAGUAUGUCCUCAGUGAGCCGACAAAUCUGAUCCACGACACCUGAGAAGAACUUGACAAGACUGCUGUAUAUUUGUACAUUGCUCUUAUUGCCCUUUAUUUACCAAAUUAUAUAUAUAUAUAUCCCAUUUGAAUUAUUUUCCAUGACAAUAUUGCUAAAUUCAUUGACCGAAUCUCUGGGCUCUCAGAUACCUGAUUAACAUUAAGUAUUAUUUAUUCUGCCAGUGCUAAAAUCAAUUUCUUUGCUGCA